AGCUAAGCUGAAGAGUGUUUUCACUUUGUGUGCGUGCACACAGAGCUCCCUUUAGUGGAAUUACAGUGGUGGCAGUGAGAGGGAAAAGAUCAGGAGUGGAAGCUGUCAGAUCCUACUGGACGGAGAGGAAACCAGCCAAGGGGACCAUGGUUACCUUGGGAGGACGGUGCAUGAAAAAAUGUCAUUUGGAUCAUUUCCACUGGCAAAUCUGACGGACGUCAACACUUGGAAGGACAUGGCAAAUAGGACUACUGUAAAAGAAUUCAUUCUUCUUGGCUUCCCAGGGACAUGGCAAUUCAGAGUGUCAUUUGUGGUGGUGUUUGCACUGAUGUACACCGUGACAGUGAUAGGUAAUGCAUCCAUCAUAGCCCUUGUGUGGAGAAGCAGCAACCUACACACCCCAAUGUACUUUUUCCUCUGUAAUCUCUCCUUUCUGGAGAUCUGGUACACAACGGGUGUUGUUCCCAAAGCCAUAGGAGUCAUGCUGGGGACUAGCCAGACCAUCUCCUUCAGUGUCUGCAUUUUCCAGUUGUUUUUUCUUCUCUCUCUAGGCUCCACUGAGUGUUUUCUCCUGUCUGUCAUGGCCUAUGACCGCUACUUAGCCAUAUGCUGUCCCCUGAGGUACAGCUCCCUCAUGAACAAUGUCCUCUCUGUUCGGCUGGCACUCAGCUCCUGGCUGGGAGGCUUUUUGGCCAUUUCCCUGCUGGCCUUUCUGACAUCCAGGCUGACUUUCUGUGGGCCAGAUGUCAUCAAUCAUUUUCUAUGUGAUAUAGAUUCCUGCCUUGCCCUCUCCUGCAGUGAUACAUGGCCUGUGGAGCUGGCAACCUUCCUCGUCUCCAUAAUUGUUGUGGUGGCCUCCUGUGUGGUCACCUUGGUCUCCUACAUGUAUAUCAUCUCUUCCGUCCUGCGGAUUCAGUCAGCCCAUGGCCGGAAAAAGGCCUUUUCCACCUGCUCUGCCCAUCUCAGUGUUGUCACCAUCUGGUAUGGCUCCACCAUGUUCCUGUAUGUCAAGCCAUCAGCCCAGACCUCCCUGGAUCUGAACAAAAUCGUGAAUACCUUUAACACAGUGGUAACUCCUUUGUUGAACCCCUUCAUUUACACACUCAGAAACAAAGAGGUGAAGCUCGCUCUGGGACGGGCUUUCCAGAAAAAGUGA